AUUCCCAAGCAACACAGUAAAAGGCCAACACAGGCCAACAGACUCCUUAACCCAACACACUGGGCAUAACAUGAUAAAGUUUUCGACGCAGCGAAACAUGAGCUGAAAGAUCUCUAAUUCUACUACGAUUCAAAGGGUCUUACAACAGUAAAAGGAUCCUUACGAUCCAAAUGUUUAAAAUUCCUAGGAUCAAGCGGAGCUCUGAACUGGAAAUGGUAACUUGCCUGCUCCCGCGUUCCCCUUCGCUUCCUCCCCACCGAACGGAGAGGAGAGCAGAGGCAGGAGGCGGCCUCGACGGCGAUGGCGAUGGCGACGGCGAUUGGUGACGGCAGCGGCGACGCAGGUCAUUUUGGAGAAGUAGACAGAGUUUGGGUAGCAAACCAGACCAAUGCUGAGAAAAUGUUCGAAGCCGAGAAUGAGAAAGCCAGUGAUUUUGUUGAUGCAAGUACGUCUCUGCCUGUUAAGCUUGAGGCCAGCUGCGUUGGGGUACUGGUACACCCCAUUGUCAAGGCGUUGAAGGCUGAAGAGCAGCCAUUGCACUCCACCAAUGAGGAGACAUCCGAUGAGUUCUUGGAUGUAAAUUCAUCUGUACCUAUUGACCUCGAGGCCAAGAACGAUGAUGCAUCCUUCGUUACAGAGGUGAUGACGAAGGAGGAACAGCAGCUAUAUGAGGCUCGGCUUAAGGUAGAGGAAGAAGAGGCUAGAAAGAGAGAACAAGCGGCAAGACUUGCUUUAGAUCCUAAUGCAUGUUUUAGCAAGUUGGAUGAGCUGCUGACAGAGACACAGCUUUAUUCAGAAUUUCUACUUGAAAAGAUGGAGCAAUUUACAGAUAAUUUUGUUGAAGUUAAAGAUGAAGAGGAGUCUGUGGAAGACAAGAAGAAAGGAUGUGGCAGAAAGAGGAAAGUAAAUUCUAAGCCACAAUACAAUGAUAAGAAGGCUAAGACAGCAGUGGCUGCCAUGCUCACAAGAUCUCGUGAAGAUCGUUCUGCUUAUGAUGACACUCUCACAGAAGAAGAAAGAUGGGAAAAAGAGCAAGCCAACCUUGUACCAUUAAUGACUGGCGGACAGUUGAAAUCUUACCAGAUAAAGGGUGUGAAGUGGCUAAUAUCACUGUGGCAGAAUGGGCUGAAUGGGAUACUAGCUGAUCAAAUGGGCCUUGGGAAAACAAUCCAGACAAUUGGAUUUCUUACCCAUCUUAAAGGGAAUGGUAUGCAUGGUCCAUACAUGAUAAUUGCUCCUCUUUCCACUCUCUCAAAUUGGGUGAAUGAAAUCUCAAGGUUUGUUCCAUCUCUUACUGGCCUGAUUUACCAUGGAGAUAAAGUGGCUCGGGCAGAGAUAAGGAGAAAAUUCAGGCCCAAAACUGUUGGCCCCGAUUUCCCAAUAAUAAUUACUUCAUAUGAGAUGGCCAUGUCAGAUGCAAAAUUUCUUGCUCGUUAUAAGUGGAAAUAUGUUGUUGUGGAUGAGGGACAUCGGUUGAAAAAUUCUAAAUGUAAAUUAUUGAGAAAGUUAAAGCGCAUACCAAUGGCCAAUAAACUUCUUUUGACUGGGACACCUCUUCAGAAUAACCUGGCAGAAUUGUGGUCGUUAUUGAAUUUCAUUUUGCCUGAUAUAUUCUCGUCUCAUCAGGAAUUUGAGUCAUGGUUUGAUUUUUCUGGGAAAGGAGACGAGGAACAGCAGGAAGAAGCUGAUGAGAAGAAAAGAGUCCUUGUUGUUUCAAAGCUUCAUGCCAUUUUGCGUCCAUUCCUUUUAAGACGGAUGAAGGUGGAUGUGGAACAGAUGCUUCCACGGAAGAAAGAGAUAAUCAUUUAUGCUAACAUGACUGCGCAUCAGAAGCAAAUCCAGACUCACUUGAUUGAAAAGACAUUUGACAACUACUUGUUUGAGAGCACAGACAUAGUGUUGCGGAGACCUGGCAUGAAGAUGAAGCUAAAUAACCUAAUGAUUCAGCUGAGGAAGAACUGUGCCCAUCCUGAUCUUUUCAAUGCUGCAUUUGACUCAACAAGCCUUUAUCCACCUACCGAUAAGCUUCUGGAACAAUGUGGUAAAUUUCAGCUGUUUGACAGGUUACUGGAAUCCCUACUCAAACGAAAGCACAAGGUUCUAAUAUUUUCACAGUGGACAAAAGUUUUGGACAUAAUUGAAUAUUAUUUGUAUAUGAAAGGCCUGAAUAUUUGCAGAAUUGAUGGUAGUGUUAAAUUAGAAGACAGGAUGAGACAGAUAGCAGAGUUUAAUGACUUGAACAGCAGUAUGAAUAUCUUUAUUCUAAGCACACGUGCUGGUGGGCUUGGCAUCAAUCUUGCUUCUGCUGAUACAUGUAUCCUGUAUGACAGUGACUGGAAUCCUCAGAUGGAUUUGCAGGCCAUGGAUCGAUGCCACCGGAUUGGUCAAACACGCCCAGUGCAUGUUUAUCGGUUGGCAACGUCCAACUCUGUUGAGGUAUGGAUGGAUGACCUGCAGACUCUUGCUAGGCUAUGUUUUGUGGCAUCGCUGCUCACCUCCUCAUUGUCGCAGGGACGGAUUAUCAAGAGAGCUUUUGGAAAGCUGAAGCUAGAGCAUGUUGUGAUCGGGAAGGGGCAGUUUGAACAAAACAGCGCGAAGCCUAAUGUCUUAGAUGAGGAGGAGCUGCUUGCGCUGCUGAGGGACGAGCAGGACGAGGAAGACAGGAUGAUCCAGACCGACAUCAGCGACGAGGACCUUUUGAAGGUGAUGGACCGGAGCGACCUCACCGGCCCGCCUGCCGCCGCCGAUGCCCCCCCUCUUAUCCCCCUGAAAGGGCCUGGUUGGGAGGUCGUGAUGGCCUCGAAGAGCGGUGGCGGCAUGCUCUCGGCGCUCACCAGCUGAGCCCCGACCUGGCCUAGACAUGACGACGCCUUGGCAGGCAUUUCGGGUGAUUCGGCUUGGUCACCGCUAUCUAGUUGAUGUUUUGGCGAAAGCAGUAUCCGCCGAAGUAAUUAUUGACCGCAUGGCAUAUGUGAUACAGUAUGUGGUAACAUAUCUCGAAAAGAAUCCAAAAGGAAGUAAUUAUUGACCGGGCGUUGCACCCGUAGAUUAGGUGCUCUAACUUGAGCUCGCACCUUCUUCCCCAUUUGCUUUGGGUCAGCAAGCUAUGUAAGACUGUUAUGGUAGUCUAUUCUGAAGGAGGUUGGAAGUGUGUUGCCAGAA